UCCUGCAGUUCACUUCUCUCCAUGUGUUAUGAUACAGCUCCAUACAGCUGUUAACAUUAUCCUCUCUCCAUCUGGACGCCACAGCAGCCUCCAGCCCCUCAGGAUACCGGCGUUACUUGAGCUCUGCACCUGGGUGGCAACUGUUGCAGAUUCCUGGAUCCAGUGGACAUUUUUUGGUGUUCUUUUUUCCGUGUGUUGACCGGGAACCUUUGUGAGCUCAAGUGUUUGAUUCAGCCGGACCUCCUCCUGCGUGUGUGUGAAAGGUGUUUCAUAUAUCUCAUUUCUGGAAGGAGGGAGCUGCUGUGAGGAAUUUUACACGAAAGCUGAGUCGGAGAUUUCUCACCUGGACACUGAGGAGGCAGCAGGAUGGACUUACCCACUUACUUUUGGCUCGUCACCACGACUCUGAUGUUGAUCCAUCUGCAUCAAGCCUCUACCUUCUCUGUCAUUAGCCCCACAGUGGAGGAAGGCCCCCUGGUGCAGCUCCCCCACACAGCCCACCGGCGAGAGAAACGCUGCUCCUGCGAGAACCAGAAAGACAAAGAGUGUAUUUUUUUUUGCCACAUCGGUAUCGUCUGGGUCAACACGCCCAGCCACGUGGUUCCUUAUGGAUUUGGUUCUGUCCGACUGAGGAGGGAACUCGGCCGCUGCCUCUGCACACACACACAGGACGCUGAGUGUGUGAGCUUCUGCUCUGCUCAGACGCAAACAGAAGGAGAAAACACUGCAGUGAAGAAGACUGACAAACGACUGGAGAGAUACAGAGCUGCAUUGUGGGAGAAAAGGAGCCGACAUGCACUCAAACAUCAAACCUGAGCAGAAACACGAGUCCUCUCCCCUUCAUCAGAAAUAACAGAUCCAGUUUGUACAGCAUGUGUGUGUGAGUGUGUGUAAGUGUGUGUGUUUAUGUAAUGACGGUGAUGUAUUGAGACAGGAGCGCUGACCUCUGAGCACCUCAUCUUUUUAACCCUCAGCUGAUGAACCUGUGACCUCUGUGCUGAUCUCAGAUGAUUUAUAGCUCUGAGAGCUGGAACAUAUUUCAGCCUCGCAGAGAAACACUCACACGUUUACUGCCCUUUGGUUAUUUUAAAUCUUAAAUUCUUUCUCGAGUCGACACAGUCUGUUUGUCAGUGAAGGCUGAAAACCUCACAUCUCCACUGUGACCGCUCUGUUUGGUCCAAGUGCUGAAGUGUACAGAAGAAUAUUGGUGCCUCGUUCUUUUGACAGUAAAGUUCUCACACAGUUGUCACCCUCUGUGUUGAUUCAAAUCUGGUCUUUAAUUCAAGAGGGAAAACUGGAAAAUGGAAAUUACACCAAAACGAAAACGAGCCAGUUUUUUUCCAUUAGAUUUUUUUGUCUUCAUGGAAAAAUAUGGGCCAUUUUUUGUUUUUGUUUUUUGACUGGAAGACAAAAUCUGCUUCAGCACCCCGACCCUUUAUCAGGUGUGAACAGCAGGACAGCCGCACUAUGUCUGAGUGAAACAGAAAACUAUUCACAGGCAGAGUUUAAAAUAUAUAUAUAUAUACACAGAGACGGUCCUGGCUAGUUUUACGCCCUGGGCGAACCAUCCCUCGACGCCCCCCGCCCCCCUGACAAGUAAAGAACAGUCCCUCCAUAAGUAAAGAACAGUCCCUC